CUGCGGAGCGUUGGCCCCGCCUACCAAAAUGGCGGCGCCCAUCAGCGCGAAGGUAAGAGCUUCGGAUGCAGCGGCGAGUGGGAGCGUUUGAUAGACUUAACGGGAACGAUCUCCCCACCUUCCUUAUUCCGCUGCUUGCAAGUAAGAGAGGGUGACGCAAGAAGGUGGCAGCGGUUGUCAAGGCGAGAAGUGGGUGCUGUCCUCUCCCCUUGGGGAAGGGGGCUACGGAGGGAGACCCACCCGGUCUGGGCUCCAGUUCCCUAAGCUGACUUCGGAGACCACCUUCAAGGAGCCCCCUGAGGGGGAGGGGAUUUCACUGGAGCCUUUCGUCCCCUCCCCCCUACCCUGCAUGCGUCCCUAGUACACUGGCGGGCAUGUCCUAACUUGCCUCCCCCGUCUACUGUACUGCUUUUUCGCCACAGCGGACUGAUAAGAAUCUCACCUUUCGUCUGAUGGGGGUCUCCCGUAUUUUCCCCACGCAAAUAAAAACACACUCGCUUCUACCCCUUUUGCUGUCAGCAUAGUCCUUAAAUAAAAAGCUCAGGAGGAAGAAAGAAGCUCUCAUUUGUAGCAUAUAGGGACAUUUGCUUAGAUCUCAAUAACUCUCAGUGAAAUGAGAGUAUUUUUUUCUUGUCAAGUGACUGAUUUAGGAGCCAGACGUGCUCCCUUCAGAAAAUGGAACUGUUGCUACCUGGUCUGAAAUAAAUACUUUGUAUAUUCAAAUUGGAGAGAGAUGUAACUAAAAGCAACUCCUCUUCCAAACUGGCCAUUCCUACAAAUUUUAAAAGAAGGGAUUAAGCCUCAAGGACAAGGGAGCAUCGAUGUUUGUCUUCAGUGCACUUUCCAUCUUGAUGCUGAAACAGUCCCUUAUUUCAUAAAACUCUGAAAUAACGUAAAAAUCCAUUCCUAGCAUACUGGGACCUCUCCUUUCAGUCUUUUGGGAAGUGGUGCAGCUCCCUUCAGUGGCAAUCAAACUCUUGUCAGUCCAAUUAUUCCUAUUCCCACAUUCUCCAUGUGGAGCUCCGCUAUGGAUCUAGUGUUUCUGGUUAUCAAUGGUGUGGGAAUGAUUUUGGACCUCUUGGUUCUCUUGCUGGAUGUCAACUUCUUCCUCUUUUCCACACUAGUGUCCUUCCUCGUCUGGCUCAUUGCAUUUGUUUGUAGCCUGCCCAAUACCUUGGUUGCUUGUGUGAUCCACUGCUGGAAUGGGAUUACGUUAUCCUCGCUAUGCAUAGCCGAGGCAUUGUAUUACUUGACUCUGGGCUCUGUGCACACCAUCGUCAACAUGCUGCGGGGCUUCUUCUCCAGCAUGGAGAGCUUGAAAGUAGUGGGCCACCUGUUCACCCACCUGACGCUUAAAAGCAAAGAAAUUAUGCACCGUGGUUUCUGGAACCUGGUUGGCUCCGGCCAGUCACUUCUCAGGCAAGUGUGUGAAGUGUGUGCCAUCGUCAUGAGCCUUGUGGCUUACUUCGUCAACAGCAUCAUCAACAUCUGCCUCAUUGGAACCCAGAACCUUUUCUCUCUGGGACUGGCCCUGUGGGAAACUGUUGUUGGCCCCUUUCUAAGGGUCACCGAUAUUUUUGCAGCUUUUGUUGCACGGCUGUCCAGCAGUGCCAUCGCUAUGGCCAUCCUCCUGUGGACUCCCUGCCAGUUGGCGUUUGAUCUGCUGGCCUCUGUGAGCAAGCUGCUGCUUAAUGUUUUCUUCCUCAACCUCUAUGGUUUGAUGUUGCUGUCUGUGAUUCUUGCCACCAGCAUCUUAAUCCUCAACCCUCAGUUGACGUGGACACUGGCAAGCCAAAUGUCUGGCUAUUUGAACACCAUGCCUUCUUACCAGCGCCUGCUCAGAGACAUGCGCCGCCUGUAUCAGAUUGUACUCUUGUCAUUGGAGAUGGUCUUGAGCUCGCAAGCUUGGCGCAGGUUAGCUGACUGGAGCCUCCAGAUGGCUAGCUGGAACAGAGGUGGCAGGGGAGGAAAUCACCAUGUGGAACAAGAGCAACAGCUUUUGAUUGAGGGCAACCAAGAAAGGCCAGGAGGACCUGCUGUAGUUCAGGGACCAGCUCCUCCUGGAGCAACUCAUCCAAGAAGACAAGGACCACCUGUGACCAAUCAGCAGGCUGUACCCCGUGCCCGCCAAACAUGGCAGGCAGCAGCUCGAGGCAGCAGGAACCAGCACAGAACAGAAGAUGAUCUGGAAUCAACUACACAACGGAGUCUGCAGUCAGGGCAGCACUUGCAGCCUCCUGGUGAAGGACCAAGCACAUCACAUGCCAAACCUGCAACAAAAGAGCAGCUUAAUGCUCUGGAGGAUGACGAUGACCCAUGGCUUCUUCUCAAAGAACAAGAAGAGCGGAAGAAAUGUGUCAUCUGCCAGGACCAAACAAAGACAGUUUUGCUACUUCCCUGCCGGCAUCUUUGCCUCUGCCAGCAGUGCACUGAAAUCCUGCUGCAGCAGGCCAUAUACCAGCGCAACUGCCCACUCUGCAGGCAGAUGAUCCUGCAGACUCUCAACGUCUACCUGUGACCUAUGUGGAGGGGAUAGCUUUUUCCACAUUCCUUCAAGCUUUCCAUGUGCAUUGGCCAAAGCAUGUGGGGCUGCUGGCAUUUUGUGCCUGCUGCUUUCUAUGGCAGCUGGUUGACAGCAGCUUUAUGCUGAUCGUUGAUAUUGGCAAUGGCUACCCUUUUUAUUUCCAAAGAACUAUUGCAGUCAGUGCAACUUGGAAAAUACUGUGGAUGGUUUCUAUGCACCUCUGUUUUCAUUUUCUUGUUGCUGCCACUAGCCAAUCACAGUAAUCAUCUAGAACUUUGCUGUUGCUAAAGAUGUUGAGCCAUCAUGUUGAGUAUACAAAAGUGUCGCUUAGAAAAAACAACUGGUAAAAUGUCAGCCAGAAGCUGGCGAGUAAUUAAGGUAGAUUUCUGGUAAGGAGCUACCUGUUGCAAAGAGAGCAGGUGCUGAAAUUGUAGAUUUUUUGGCUUUCCUAUAACUUAGCUUGUAAACAACUACAACAACCCUUAGCAGGCUUGUUUGGUAAACACUUGGGAAAAAUAUGUUAAUCCUUCCUCCAUUCUUUUACUGGGGGUAUGAAACAAUAUUCUCACCCCGGCAUUUCUUUCUAGAGCAGGGGAAUGUUCCUGGACUACAGCUCCUGUAAUCCCUGACCAUCAGCCAUGCUGACUAGGCUGAUGGGAGUUGGAGUCCAAUAAUGUCUGGAGAGCCAUAAGUUUCCCAUGUAUGAAGUGAGACUUCAGCAACCUGAAACUGACCAAAAGGCCAGUUUCAUGGUUCUCUUCAGAAUAUUGUCUAGUUACCUUAACAUGUAUUUGUGCAUUCUGUAGUAGGAAAGUUCAUACUUCCAAGCAUUGGUGUGUAGAUUUCUGACAGGUGCUAUACAUAGAAAGCCUCACUAAUUUAGCUUGCACUUUUAAAAACCAUGCACCACAGAAUUCCUACUUUCAAGAAGUACUUCCCAAUACCCAGUGAACAUCUUUUUGAUGUGUAAUUUUGAAAGAGCUGUGGCAGCACUGUCAUUUCCCACCCCCCUCCAGGUUUUCUGUGCUCAUUUGUUUCAAGACUUCAUAUAAAAAGCAAGUUGGACACCAAAUGUGCAGCUGUGGAGCACAGAGACACCACACACAGUAGUUCACUAGCAAGCUGAAGUCAGGAUCCUCUUGUCUCUGCUGGCAUGUAACUUCCACAGGCCACCUAUGCAAAACUAUUACAUUCCAGCUUUAUUGCACAACUGUUUGAUUGAUAUAUAUUUUCCCUCUUUGGGGUCCAGCUGGGGAAAGCUGAUGUAACCAAAUAUAGUCGUAACAAGUGGCAAGCCUCUUAUCAACAGUGCUGGAGACUGCAUGGUUUGACUCCAGGCCCUGUUAAGUCUCUGGUGUGGACUGAUAAUAAGUUUUUUAUGACUACUUGUCUGGGUAAGAUUUGAACAGGGUGGUGACCUCAGGAAGAAAGUCUGGCUCUGGAUCUGAUCGCUUAAGUCCAGAAGACGAAACCAGUCUCCCAGGUGCAAGUAACAUUCGUUCUAGAAGGAAAAUUACGAAAGUAGGAAGGGACAUAGGCUAGAGUGGUUUGUUUUGACUGUUGCACUUGGCAUAAGAAUAACCUCUGGGCUCCCUUUCCUCCCAGACCUAGUCAGAAAGCAUCCAUAGCUCUGCUUCUUGGAAACUGGGCAGAGAAGCAAAUCCAAAAGCAUAGAAAACUCAGUGAAUAGCUGCUGCUAAUCUUCAUCUCUCCUGUGUCUAAAAUGUGGAGAUGAGAAAGACAGAUAGUGGUUUACCCACCUCACCUGCCACCCUGACCAGAGCCACCUGGUUUCUUGAAUGUUUAAACUGGGGAAAAGAAAGCUGAGAAGUAGAGGUAUGAAACCCUGGCAAGUUUUAUAUUCGUGGUGUUCUUUUGAGCUUUCUAAAUUAUUGAAAGCUGUUCCUAGUCAUAAAUGGAGUGCUGCACCUGGGCCGGAGAGGUUUUUGCAGCCUUGUUGAAGCUGUGGCAUAACAUGGCUUGAUCCUGACUGUAUAAAAGCACCGGAUAUCAGCGUCCUUCACAGAAUCGUUUUAAUAGCAUUAGAAUGUGGCUGGCACCCUGGUCCUAAGUGUUUGCUUUGAAGUAUGCCCUGUUGAUUUUAAUAGCGCUUACUUCCCGGUGAAUAUCUCUUUGUAACAGAUGAGGUCCACAGCUGAAAGGUCAGGGUGUCAUGAAUUCCACCAUCGUGACCUUACGCAGCACCCUUUGCAGCAGACUUGAGCAACGCAUCCAGGAGACCUUGCCUUUUGUAACACUGCUCAAUGCCCUCUGGGAAGGUUGUUCAACCCUCACCCGCAAAUGCUUCAGGGGCUAAACUUCACUUUGCAAAAUGAGAAUGAAGACUGGAAUCUCAAAGCAGAUUUUCCCGUCCUGAAAACUAGAGUGUCUACCUUGUUGGAACACAUUGUCUGCUAAGUCAGAUGCUAAGAUUUGAUGACACUUGGUUUGAAUGUUGCGGCGGUACGCAGUGUGGGGGUUGCAAAAUCAGAAUUUUUCAGUUGCAUUUUAAAAACGGGACUGUUUAAAACCCUCCCAAAGUGUGGAGUUUUGUUUUUUUAAAAAUUGGAAAGUCUUCUGCAUUAUGUUUUUAAUUUUCUUUUAAUUCGAACCUUGCAGUUAAAUCUGCACAGUGCAGCUGAAUCCUAACAGAGUAUUUGCCAAGUCCCUUGGUUUUGAGGGAGAGCUGCGGCACCCCUCUGAAUGAUAUGAUGUACUAUUGUGUGGAGCCAAAGGUUUGGUAAGCUGAAAAAUGGAUUUGAGCAAAUGCUAAACUGAGUGCCUUAAUGAUGGCAGGUCAGAAAGGAAGACAGUGCUGAAGGCAAGCUAGCUAUAAAGCUAACAAACUCAAGUGAGCUUGUGAUUGUGUGUGUGUGUGUGUAUGGGAUCAAAGAGAGUUUAUAUAAUCAGUUGGAUCUAGACAGUCAACAUGUGUUACAAGGUAGUAGGGCAGACUGCAACUUCUGGCUGCAGAUGGGUGAUUCUAUUUUUGUAAUCCUUCUCUACAUAACAAAACUUUCUACAAGUUAAAAACAAAGUAGCACAUCAGAGAGGGGUUCUUGGUCAUCCUGCUCCUUAUUAUUUACAAGUAGAAAGCUAACAAAUUAUUAUUAUUAUUAUUUAUUUAUUUGGAGGGGAGCAUCCAGUAAUGUGAACCUGCUCACCUGCAGUCUGAAUCAGUACAGGCUCCUCUGCUCUAUAGUUCUGCUAGCAUAGACCAGAGUUUACAUGCACUGAUUUGUACUGAGCAACUAAAGAAAUGUGCAUGUUGGAGAGCAACCUAAUUUAGAAUAAUAUGUGAUUCUCUCUAACCAUCCCACCCCACCCCCCAAAAAUCUGUAUCUGAGGAGUUUUAUUCCAGUCUUUCUAAGCAGUUAGAUGUGUAGAACUGCACAUUUUGCAAUUUUUUUUUUGGGGGGGUGGAUGGAUGGAGAAUCGAACAGGAGCAGAAAAGAGUGGUGUUACAGUAAAGGCCUGCCUACUGUCCCGUGGAGCUAGCUGCUCACUCCUGAUCUGUGCCUUGUUCAAACUGCUGCCCACUCUCACAAACCUUCUGAGUGUUAUUUUAUAAGAAGAUGAAGAUGACGUGCAAUUGCCUUUUAUCCAGUACCUGCUCCGUUGUCUCCUCUUGCAGUUGCUCUUCUUGCUGCCUCUGGAGGGGCCAUUUGGUUUGCUUAUGUGGUAAUGGCAAAGUCUAUUCUUUGCACUAUGUAAAAUGAUUGUUUGCAAAUUAAAAGGAACCCUUUUCACAAAAUUA